AUGGGUUGGACCAUCUUGGUCAACGGACUAGCGAAUUGGACCGACUAUGGCUGUCCGUCGAGCAGCUUAUGGCUUCAAGCGUACCACAAUGUCGUUGUCUACAGUCCUUUGGAGCUCUCGGCCGCCUUCGUCUUGUUGGCGCGCCUUCGAGCAACGCCGCCUUGGAUCAUGUACAACAUCACUGUUGUCACGCCAUUCGCUGCUCCUGCCCAAGAGACCGGGACUGGACAGGGAAUCACCACAUCACCAUUCAGCCACGUCUCUGACGGUCUCUCCACUAACGAGAAAGCGAGACCCUCCAAUCCUACGAUCGGUCCAUUCACCUCGCUGGGCCAUUCACACAAUUCCCGCAGACACACACCCAUACAUACACACACUCACACCCCUUCGACGUGCAAGUCCAAUACUGUAAAGCACCGCUCACGCCACGAUCGCACAACGGCUCGUUUGGGUAAUGUGGGCGUGACUCCUGCUUUCCGCGCACACAUCUUUCCCGCGAGCCCAAGUGCAAGGCAGCAGAGCGUGCCGAUUUACCCAGACGCGGGCGUCAUACACGACUUUACAUGCGAUCGGCUCGUUUACUCGUUCGAGUGUGCGCGCUCUUUCGAGUGA